AUGGCUGCCUUGAAGAAAUCAACCUUGCUCUCUCGCUCUUUCACUUCUGCUUUUGUUCGUUCUUUGAUCCCAGGAGGAAGGAGUGCUGUUGGGCUGGCGAGAGUAAUCAGUAGAUAUAAUAGCACUGCUGCUGCUGCUGCUGAGGAGCCAAUAAUUCCACCUGUCUCUGUGAAACACAAUCAACUCUUGAUUAAUGGACAAUUCGUGGAUGCAGCAUCAGGAAGGACGUUUCCAACAAUGGACCCCAGGACAGGGAAAGUAAUUGCUCAUGUUGCUGAAGGCGAUGCUGAAGAUAUAGAUAUAGCAGUCUCUGCUGCCCGUAAGGCUUUUGAUGAAGGACCAUGGCCACGGAUGACAGCUUAUGAAAGGUCAAAGAUCUUGUUGCGUUUUGCUGAUUUGCUUGAAAAGCAUAAUGACGAAAUUGCGGCUCUUGAAACUUGGGACAAUGGCAAACCAUAUGAGCAAGCUGCUAAAAUUGAAGUACCAAUGACUGCACGUCUAUUUAGAUACUAUGCUGGUUGGGCAGAUAAAAUCCAUGGCCUCACGCUUCCAGCUGAUGGGCCAUAUCAUGUGCAAACCUUGCACGAACCAAUUGGUGUAGCAGGUCAGAUUAUUCCUUGGAAUUUUCCUCUUCUCAUGUAUGCUUGGAAGGUAGGGCCAGCAUUAGCAUGUGGCAACACUGUUGUUAUUAAGACAGCAGAGCAGACCCCGUUAUCUGCUAUAUACGCAACCAAGCUAUUCCAUGAGGCUGGACUUCCAGAUGGUGUUCUUAAUGUAGUUUCUGGUUUUGGUCCAACUGCUGGUGCUGCUCUUGCUAGCCAUAUGAAUGUGGAUAAGCUUGCUUUCACAGGAUCAACUGUUACUGGGAAAAUUGUACUUGAGUUAGCAGCAAAAAGCAAUCUUAAACCAGUAACUUUGGAGCUUGGAGGGAAAUCCCCGUUCAUUGUUUGUGAGGAUGCUGAUGUUGAUCAGGCUGUUGAGCUUUCUCACUUUGCUCUAUUCUUUAAUCAGGGCCAAUGCUGCUGUGCUGGCUCUCGUACAUUUGUGCAUGAGCGUGUAUAUGAUGAGUUUGUGGAGAAAGCAAAGGCACGUGCUAUCAAACGUGUUGUUGGUGAUCCGUUCAAGGGGGUAUUGAGCAAGGCCCUCAGCACUUCUGGUGCAACUACCUGCUGUGGUGGUGCUGAAAAUGAUUCACUGCAACAGGUUGAUUCAGAACAAUUUGAGAAGAUCUUGAGGUACAUAAGAUCUGGUGUUGAGAGUGGAGCUAACCUUGAAACUGGAGGCAACAGAUUUGGCGCAAAUGGAUAUUAUAUCCAGCCCACUGUUUUUUCAAAUGUUAAGGAUGACAUGCUGAUAGCAACGGAUGAGAUAUUUGGGCCAGUUCAGUCCAUCUUGAAAUUCAAGGACUUGGAUGAAGUGAUACGAAGGGCCAAUAACAGUAACUACGGACUUGCUGCAGGGGUUUUCACACAGAACAUAGACACUGCAAACACCCUGACACGUGCGUUGAAGGCUGGAUCAAUAUGGGUAAAUUGCUUUGAUGUCUUCGAUGCUGCCAUUCCUUUUGGUGGAUACAAGAUGAGUGGACAUGGUAGAGAAAAGGGCAUUUACAGUCUUAGCAAUUACUUGCAAGUGAAGGCUGUUGUUACCCCACUCAAGAAUCCAGCAUGGCUAUAG